UUAAUUUCCGCCAAUUUCGCAUCAUGUUGGGCAACCUGACAAAUGUGGGCAAGUUCGGCCUUGGAAUCUUCUUGGUUGCUGUUGUGCUUUUUGUUGUUGGGUUCUCUGUACCACACUGGGCAAUCUUCCAUUUUGGCCACUGGGAAUUUGGACUGUGGGAAGGCUGUGAAUCAAAAAUAUCCGUCUCAAAAUGUGUCAGCACUCUCAACAAAGAGUUCAAGGCUUUCAGAUAUCUUCCAGGCUGGUUUCAAGCAACACAAGCAUGUGCAUGCUUAGCAUUUGUCGCCAUUGCUGUAAACAUUUUGUUUCGAAGCCUUUUUAUUUGCCAGAAGAGGAAAAUAUUCAUUUUCAUAUCAGUGAUUCUUGAUAUGGUGGCAGUGGCAUUUGUAUUCUUGGGUGCUGUGAUGUUUGGCAGUGAGAUCAGCAAGUAUGGUCAAGUGACAUUGUUAUGGGGUUUUAUCCUUUAUGUUGUUGGUGGUGUUCUCCUCAUUGCUUCUGCUGCCAGCUUUCUUGUUGAAUACUGUCGCCUGAAGCACAAGGAGGGAGCAUUGCAUCUGGAGAGAGCAGAAAGAUGAGCAUUGGGUAUUGGAAAUACAACAGGCUGUGCUCUGUCAAGAACAGACUUUAAAGCCACUGAACAAGAGAUGAGCAAAACACAAGUAUGGCUGCCUCCCACUUAGCUCCACAAUGUGAAAAAUGUACAAAAAAUAUCAUGGACAAGCUGAAGCCAAGUAAAGAAGUAUCUAGAAAACAAAUAGCACCUGAUCCUAAAACAUCGGGUGAAGGUUAAGACAUUGAGGAGGUGAAGCUGUGCAUAUUGAUUGUUGAGUUAAUUUUACCUUAAAACUAUUAACCAUCAGUGUUGUAGAAUGUAGUGCACCUAUAACCCUAAUCCUCCAAAUAGAGAAUAUAUUAGUUACAUGUACUCUAAUUUCAAAACUUGUAUCUUUGAAAGAGAAUGUUGUCUUUAUUCCCUAUUUUCUGUAUAUACUUGGUGUCAGAUAGAUUAUAACACUUAGAAUCUUGUUUGUACAUCAUGUUCUGUAUUGUGUUGUAUCUACCUGGUGCCUGACAUUGCAAUCUGUUUGGAAUUAUUUACAUCUGUCAUAAAACAUGUCAUAAAAUUGUUUAUUAUCAGCAUAAUCAUGAAAGAGAUCAUUUUAAUCUAAUAUUAGAAAUCUAAACUAUACACACACAGAGUUCUGCAGGCACAUGUACAUGUGUGUGUCACUGUCAAGAUGUGUGUAUGUACAAUUCAACUUUUUACACAAUAGAAUGUGGUGAAAACAUUUUAUUCAUGGCACAAACAUACCAGUCUGUCUGAUUUUAAUUAAUACCAUUGGAAUCAUGUUAUCAUGAAGUUUUGAUUGCAGUUUGAAAUAUUCAUUGGCUUGGCUUACUAAAAAAAAAAAACAAAAAAAAAAAACAAACAAACAAAAAAUAUCAGUGCAUAAAUUUUAUCUAUACCUGUACAAAGUUUAACUGAACUGUUAGUUCCAGGUAUUCCUGGAAGUUUUAUAUUUUAAGGUCUGCAGCUAUUUUAUGUUGGAAAAAAACUUUAUCAUAGAUGAUAUUAUAAAUGACAUAAUCUCUUUAUUGUAGUGUUGAUCAAACCUGACAGCUGUUUUAUAUUUUUUCACAUUUCAAAUAAAUAUCUAGUUAUA